AUGAAGGCUGGAAUGAAACUGGAGGAUGUAUUCACCAAUUACAGCAACAAUAUAAACAUGGAAAUGUUCUUUUAUUCAUUUUUUUGUGGUUUUUUUUUCCUUUUAACUUUCCAGGCUGUGAAUGAGACCAGUGACUGCUUGCUGACAAACAGAGUCCUAGAAAAGUAUUAUCUCUCCACCAUGUAUACCCUUGAGUUCAUUUUAGGCUUCAUUGGAAACACCAUUGUGGUGUUUGGCUAUAUCUUCUGCCUGAAAAAAUGGAAAAGUGGCAACAUCUACCUGUUCAAUUUAUCCCUAUCAGAUUUGUUAUUUCUCUGUACUCUGCCAGUAUUGGUGAACAGCUACUCCCACGAUCAGUGGGCAAAGCAGGACAUCCUGUGCCACAGCAACAGAUUCCUGCUGCAUGCCAACCUGUACAGCAGCAUCCUCUUCCUCACUGCUGUCAGCGUUGACCGGUACAUGCUCAUAAAACACCCCUUCAGGGACCACGUCCUUCAGCAGAGGAGAACGGCUGUCCUGGUGUCCAUUGCCAUCUGGGUUGGGGUGAUCCUGGAGCUGCUGCCACUGGUGCAUUUCCUGGAGCCUCUGACACCUGCCAAUAAUUACAAGUGUCUUGAUUAUGCGAGCUCUGGAGACCCCGCAGAAAACCUCAUCUAUAGCAUGUUCCUGACUGUCUUCGGGUUCCUCAUCCCUCUCUUGAUCAUGUGCUGCUUCUACGUGAAGAUGGUUCGGUUUCUUAAAAACAGGAGUGAGCAACUCAGCUCUCCCCUGACCCUCGAGAAGCCUCUCACCCUCGUGGUCCUCACCGUGGUGAUCUUCUCCCUGCUCUUCACUCCCUACCACGUCAUGCGCAACGUCCGCCUCGCUUCCCGAAUCCCGGCCCUGAACGUCCCCGAGUGCACGCAGGGCAUCAUCAGCACCAUUUACGUCAUCACGAGACCCCUUGCCUUUCUGAAUAGUGCCAUUAAUCCUGUUUUCUAUUUCCUCAUGGGUGACCACUUCAGAGAGAUGCUGAUGGCCAAAACAAGGCAGCUCUUGCACAGGCUGACGGUCACCAGGUGGUGA